AUGGGGUGUGAAUAUUCAAGAACAAGCUGGAUAUACAGAUAUUUUUUUCUUUAUUAUGUGUGUCUGUUGCUUCUUUCCGACGUCGUGUCAACUCACAUACGUUAUUCUCUUCAAGAGGAAUCAAAGAUUGGGACCAUUUUAGGAAAUAUAGCCAAAGAUUUGGGCAUGGAGUCGUCGUCGCUGACGGGGAGGAAUCUGCGAAUUGUGGCGGGAUCAAAACAGGAGCUUUUUCAGGUAAAUCAAAAAGAAGGCUCAUUGUUCGUGAAUCGUAGGAUCGACAGAGAGGAGCUGUGCGCUACGAGUAAUCCGUGCCUCAUCAGUAUGAAUGCGGUGAUUGAGAAUCCUCUCGAAAUGCAUCAAAUAACAGUUGAAAUUGUGGAUGUGAAUGAUAAUGCACCUUCAUUUAUAGACAAUGCAUAUAAUUUGGAGACACUUGAAAGUGCAAUGACUGGAACAAGGUAUCAGUUGGAAGGUGCACACGACCCAGAUAUCGGCUCUAAUGCCUUGCAGUCUUAUAAAUUAACGCAGAACCAGUUUUUCCGUUUAGAAACAGACGAUUUUGGAGACGGAGGAAAAGUCCCUGUCAUCGUUUUGCAAAGACUUUUAGACCGGGAAAAUAGCGCAAGGCAUACUUUAAUAUUAACCGCUAUAGAUGGGGGAAAGCCACAAAAAACAGGAACGCUAACUCUUAAUGUUAUUGUGUCAGACAUUAAUGAUAACGCACCUAACUGCGGUAAACAGAAAUAUACGGUAACAGUGAAAGAAGACGCUCCUGAUGGCACGUUUUUACUACGUAUUAACGCGACGGAUUUGGAUGAAGGAGAAAAUGGGGAAAUUGAAUACUUACUAAGAAGUAAGAUUAGAAAUGGCGAGUCAGACCUUUUUGAUUUACACAUCAAAACAGGGGAAUUACGAAUUAAAGGUGGUCUUAAUUUUGAGGAAAAACAAGUCUAUGAGCUAAAAAUUCUGGCUGCCGAUAAAGGAGCGGUGUCGCUGUCCACGCAGUGUAACGUGCUGGUGAAAGUAGAAGAUGUAAAUGAUAACCAACCGGAAAUAGACGUCACCUCCUUAUCUGACCGAAUUUACGAGGACGCGCGUCCAGGGACAGUAGUUGCUUUAAUGAGAGUGACAGACUUAGAUUCAGGUGUUAAUGGGCAGGUAGUGUGCUCUUUACCAGAAAGCAUACCAUUUGAACUUAAGCAGUCAUCCGAUUCAAAUUUUUAUUCCUUGGUUACAAAAUGGAACUUAGACAAAGAGUCAAAGUCGUUUUAUGAUAUUGCUAUAAUAGCGAAGGAUUUGGGAACCCCCCCUCAAUCAUCAACAAAAAUAAUUCACGUUGAAGUGAUGGAUGUCAAUGACAAUAGCCCUGUGUUCAUCCAAAGCCCAUACACCUUCUAUGUAGCUGAAAACAACAAACCGGGCAUGUUCGUUUUCUCGGUGAGCGCAGCUGAUGUAGAUGAGGGUGAAAAUGCAAGAGUCUCAUAUUCAAUAGAUCAUUUAAACUCAGACCAAAGUGUGACAUCAUUUAUGAAUAUUAAUGAGGAAAGUGGUGGAGUUUUUGCCCUCAAAAGCUUUGACUUUGAGUCAUUAAAAACGUUUCAGUUUCACGUGCUCGCUUCAGAUUCUGGAACUCCAUCACAAAGCAGCAACGUGACAGUGAAUGUGUUCAUUCUGGAUCAGAACGACAACGUUCCUGUAAUUUUAUAUCCAGUCAGCGCUAACGGUUCUGCUGAAGGUGUAGAGGAGAUUCCCCGCAAUGUGAACGCAGGACAUUUGGUGACUAAAGUGAGAGCCUAUGACGCGGAUAUUGGAUACAACGGCUGGUUAUUAUUUUCACUGCAGGAAGUGAGUGACCACAGUCUCUUUGGUUUGGACCGUUAUACAGGACAGAUAAGGACCCUUAGACCAUUCACAGAAACAGAUGACUCUGAACAUAAACUGGUAAUACUAGUCAAAGACAAUGGCAACGUUUCACUUUCAGCAACAGCGACUGUGAUUUUUAAACUUGUUGAACCCAAGGAGACAUUUGCAGUUUCUGAUAUUGAAAGUUCAGUUAAAAAUGUACCAGAAAAUAACGUCAGAUUUUAUUUGAUCAUUACGUUGGGCUCGGUUUCAUUUCUUUUUAUCAUCAGUAUCAUCGUCCUGAUCGUAAUGCAGUGCUCCAAAUCUGCAGUCUAUUCCUCAAAGGAUUUACAAGAUACAAAUUAUGAUGGGACACUGUGUCACAGCAUCCAGUACAGAUCCGGAGAUAAACGAUACAUGUUAGUUCGACCAAGAACGAGUAUCGGUUCAACUAUAGUUCCAGGAAGUAAUGGAAAUACUUUACUUGUACAUGAUCGGAGAAGGAGAACUUCUGGGGAGGUAAGAGCUGACUGA